AUGAUCGUGAGGCGCCUCGCCGCCCGCUGCGGCCCCCGCGCCCUCGCCCGCCUGCCCGCGCCCCGCCGCCUGCUCUCCACCGACAUCGCCGCCCUCGAGGCGGCCACGGCCACCAGCGUGAAACACAUACAGUCGCUCGAGGCCCAGCUCAACACGCAGCUCGCCCAGCCCGUGCCCGCAGUUGCCCCCGACACGCCCGCCGCUCCGCCUGCCGCCCGCGACAAUGUCGCAGAGCAGUACCUCCUGUACCGCCAGCAGGCCAAGCUGCUGGGAAAGCUGGGCUCUGACAUUGCCCCUCACUACCGCCCGCACACGCUGCUCAACCACCCGCCCUCGCCUGCCGACGUGACGCUGGAGCUGCUGCUGGCCUCGGAAGCCCACCAGGGCCAUGUCACGUCGCUCUGGAACCCCGCCAAUGCUCGCUACAUCCACGGCAUCCGCCACGGCAUCCACAUCAUCUCGCUCGAAGUCACGGCCGCCCACCUGCGCCGCUCCGCCAAGGUCGUCCACGAAGUCGCCCGUCGCGGCGGCAUCAUCUUGUUUGUAGGCACGCGCGAGGGCCAGGACAGAGCCGUUGCGCGUGCCGCCGAGCUGGCCAAGGCCUACCACCUGUUCGAGCGCUGGAUCCCCGGCAGCAUCACCAACGGCCAGCAGAUUCUCGGCCGCUGCAAGACCAAGGUUGUCAACGAGUUUGACGAGGAAGUCCCCGGCUUCGAGGAGCAGCUCUACGACCGCCCUGCCCUGCGUCCGGAUCUCGUCGUCUGCCUGAACCCGCUGGAAAACUAUGUGCUGCUCCACGAAUGCGCCCUCAACAACAUCCCCACGAUUGGCGUCAUCGACACCAACGCCGAUCCCACUUGGGUCACCUACCCCAUUCCGGCCAACGACGACAGCCUCCGCUGCAUUCAAGUUAUUGCCGGCGUCCUGGGUCGCGCCGGAGAAACCGGCCAAAAGCAACGUCUGGCCGCCGCCGCCCGGGGCGAAAUCACCUUCCGGCCCACGCCAGGUCUUGGACCAGCCAGUACAGAGGCCAAUGACAACAACCCAAGCACCUCGACGUCCCGAAUGGGCGAAGCGGCUCCCGGAGAUCAAGUCAGCGACACGGUCGAGACCCUCCAAGGCGGCCUUGAAAAUGCCUCCGAAAUGGAGGUAGCCAUGGACGAACUAAGCAAUCACGAAAGCCACCGGACAAGGGGCGGCAGGGACUUGGAAAUUACUUCGUAG